UGAACAAUAAUGUAUAAAUUACCAAAAACACAAGCUUUAUCUCGUAAUAAAUUACCGUAAUUAGCUCCCAUAUUUGUGAAAUAAGGGUUUAAUAAUACUGUAAAUUAUUUGGAAAUUAGUCUAAUAAUUUUACUGUUUUGUUUGGUAGGAAAAUACUAGGGAAGUAUGAAGCUAUUAGUGAUGUUAUUCAUGUCGUACAUUUUGUGGAUUUUGUUAAUGCAUCUGCCUUUAUCUGUGGUUGGAGAAACGCCGAAAUUCCGAGUUCUUGCACCGGAAUUCAUUUGUCCGAAAGAUCAAGAUGCAGCUGUCGACAAGCCAGACAAUACAGUCGUUACGCUUCAAACCCCGGCAGGGUCAACAUUCGACAUAGUGUGGUCGGUGCGAUGGACAACGCUGGAUGCGCCCACGCAGCGAUUCACGCUCAUGGUGUGGAAGGCUGUGCGGGAGCUCGAGAAACGGCUGAAUAAGGAGCAGCCUGAGCCUUAUGUCUAUGUUAUUCCUAAUGAUGAGCUCCUCCGCGGAGUAAAUUUCAUAUUCAAUAUCACGGCGAUAGACCAAGGCGGAGAGACAAGUGCUCCGAAGAGCUUCCACAUUGACAACACCCAGGGAGAACAGAAGCUGGACCUGGUGGAGGGGAGGGCUGAGCAGCUGUAUAUGGUGCUGGUAGGAGGUCAGCUCACCUACUCUGAUGUGCCGUAUGUUUUGCAGGCGCAGGUUACCUCUUGUGCCCCUACGCAGGAUUAUUACUUCAUCUGGUCAGUACACGAUACGAUAUCGCACGAGUCCGUUAUAGACGUAUCUUCAACAAUUGGCUCCACGUUGACGAUACCUCCUCAUUCGCUGAGGCCUGGCCUUGAAUACGAUGUCAACUGUCAAGUCAUCAAGCAAAGCACUCGGCUGCGUAUUACUCAGACCGGUUUGCCGUUUCAAGUCCUUCAGCGAGGUUUAAAAGUCUAUCUCAGCGUAGAUUACCUGAUAAUACCUGUCAACCAACCCUUCUUCAUCGCGAGUAAAGUCAUCAACCAAGAUUAUUACGAUAGUUUUGUUGAGUUUUCUUGGGAAUGUCUAUCGGCAGUCACUCCUUGUGAUUUCCUUGAAAUUACCAGUAAUGACACGCUGUUUUUCCCGGAUGGAAUACCCACUGUCGGAGAAUACGAAAUAAAACUGUCAGUAAAUGUAGAUGAUCAAUCGACUGAAUCUAGCGCUGUUAUUAAAACGGUGGAUCAAACUUUGCCCGUAUUACAGAUAACACCUAUAUCUCGAGUAGUAAACGAAGGCAGCAAGAUUUCAUUGGUUGCGAAUGCCAGUAAUGUAGCUCCGGCUUGCACUCUUACUUGGUAUUUUGCAAAGGAGGGGUUUGUUGCAGUAGAAGUUGAAGGAAAUGGAACGUGUGAAGAUUGCCAGCAAGGAGAAGCAUUAUCCGACACGUUGACUAUAUUCUCUUUGGAGGAGAACUUUUUGAAUGAACUAGCAGAUUACACGAAUGAGACGGAAUGGCGACAAGUGACGGGAGAAAUGCCGGCCGCGGGUGGUCGAGCGCGCUUUAUCGCACGAUGCGGGUGUUCGCUCACAUUUGAAUGUGAAACCAAGGGAAUGGUCUUUGCUGACUUAACAUUUGUAUUGAAUGCGAGUCCAAAACCUGGCGGAGUAAAGAUAUCCCCAGAAUCGGGAUCAGCAAUGGAGACGGUGUUCCGCAUCAGUACCCUAUCAGUGUUGGACCCAGAGACGCCGCUACAAUACUCCUUCUAUUGUCGGGUUGGAGAUGAUGAGGCGCUGCUUCUUGGCUCCUUUACUGAACACCUUGCCGUGGAGACAUUCCUACCAUUUAUAGUCGGUGGUACAGAAAUAUGGGUAGAAGUAUGUGACUCGCUCGGGGCGUGUUCUACAGGGGAGCCAACGACGGUGCUACUAUCUCCUGGACACGGCUCCACUAUAGACAUGCUCUCUGAGGAUGCGAGGGGCUUUAUCAGGAGAUGCGAGUUGAAGCAGUUGCAAACUGUGACUAUAGGAGCAAUUGUCACUUAUAUGAACGCCGAGCAACCGGACCUACUGUCACGGUUCUCCACAGCCACUCUUGGAGCCCUGCCGCCACCAGCCAGCUGUCUCCAGCAAUACGCUGAACAGUACACAUCUCUCUUACACUCUCUAGCCACUCAUGGAGUCGAUACCAGUGCGCUGAUGGGAUCUUCUUAAGAAUCGUCAUUCGUCUAGAUAUAAUUAUUAUAUCGAUGUGUGGAAAAUACCUACUAGGUAUAUUAUAAUAGUCAUGGUUCACCUAAUUAUUAAGUAGAUACCUCUAUUGUAUGGUACUUAUGUACAUAAAAUACCCCGUUUAUCAGGUUAAAUACACUAAUUUAACUAGUCAGAUCAGUUACUUUUUACUAAACGUUAAAUUAUGAAAUUAAUAAGAAUUUGUAAGAAAAAAGCAACCUGUGACGUCAUAGAAAACGUGACAAAACGUCGCACAUAUUACAUGAUUUUUUAUUCAAAUUCAUAAAUAUGUUAAAUAGAAAAAAUGAAACGUUUUUUAUCACCAUUAGAUCUGUCUUUAAUUAGAAAAUCUUAGGAAAUUACGUGUGGGUCAGGAUGGCGGGUGUAUGGUUAUAAAUGGUGAUGAUUUCGAUACGAGAGGAAUGUACAAGCAAUGUACUGAAUGUACCUAAAAUUAAAAGCAAUGUACCUUUUUGGAACAAAAGUUAUUUAAAAAAAAGUGAGCCGCUAACCUGACUGUCAGAAUGGCGAGUGUAUUCUUAAAUCUUAGCACAUUACUAACAAUUCAAGAUUGUUAUAAGUAUGACAGCAAUGUACGAGCAAUGUGCCUCAACGUGUUGAAAAUUCAUCAAUAUGCAACAAAAGGUUUCAGAGUAAUUUGAAAAUAAAAAUUCUCAAAAAUUUCAA